GUCCUAAAUACGUCCAACAACUGAAGGAUUUGCUCGACGAUUGGCCUCUAGAAACAACUGUCGGCAUCUUAGUGACUAAUAAAUCUAAUCGGUUUACUAAAGAUGCCGUUUCAGAGGCUCAAUCGUCGAGGCAUCACAUUAUCCUCGUUGGCACGAAGGAUCUCGUUAAAAAAAUACGAGAGUAUCAGCCCCCCCGACAAGUUCAGCUUGAAAAAAAAUUAGAAGAAACUCGUUCGGAAGUCCGGCAAUUAAGAUCGGAAAUAGCUGAACUUCGGGAUCUUGUAAUUUCUUUUUUAAAAAAUAAAUAA